AUCUCUUACAAGAGGCAGCUGUCAGUGCUCAGCAUCAACGUCAAAUAGAACGAUGGGUAGACAGCGGAGGUUCCCUCCCUCAGCAAGGUGCUCUGACAGCCUCAAGUCAAAAUCAAACCCGCAACAGACCAUCGUCCACAACAAAGACACCCCAUCUUGAAAUUCAAGCCAAGCGCUCGCAUGCCACCAUGAAAGAGAUGGGUCUCUAUGAACUUAAUAGUCAUUAUGUGCCUCCAGCACCAAAAUAUGGUCCGGGAUCAAAGGAAUUGUGUCAAGAAUUGAUGGCAUUUGGUAGGGAAGGUGCAAAAACUCAUCCUACUCCUGGCAGGAAGGCUCAGGGACAGACUGAAGAUCUUCAGAUAGACAGAUUUGAUGAACUUGUGAAUGAGAUGGAAGAACGGGUCCAGUGGCUAGAAGCUAUGGAAGCUGCCGGUGCUGGGGAGAAGUAUCGCCACUUAAUUGCCACACAGCUUUCGUUGAAACUCCGCGACCUUGAACUCUUGGAUCAGGAACGUGCAAGAGAGCUCAAAAGACACAUGAGAGGGAGAGAAAAGUCAAAGCCCAAGAAUGGCAAAGGCUCAUGAUCAGUAUAUUCUAUACCUAUACCUGUAUCCUUUAUUGCAUUGUCCAACAUUCGGUUUCAGUGCAGUGCUCUAUACCGUACAUGCAUUAUUUUUAUGACUAAACUUCGAAUCCAGUUCCUGAUAUGAUUUUGUAAUAAGAUAUUGUAAAUGGUAUUGUUCUUUGUAAACUUUUAUAACAUUGUAUUUUUUACUUUAUUUCUUUGACAAGUUUUAUGAAGAUGGUAUAAGCCUCUGCAGUUUUCAAUCACUGUUGCAGAAUUGAAUAACUUCUCCAGAAAGAUUAAUUUUUGAUAGAUCAGAUUUUCAGUGCCUUGUAUGUUGUAGCUAACUUUUUACUGUUAUCAUCUAUUUAGAAUUUGCUAUAAAGAAGGCUACUUAUCUUUUUAUCUAUGUACUUCCAAAUGUAGACCAGGUCUUUUCUCAGUAGCCUUUUGAUAUGCUUAAACAUUAUUGUUGAAAUUAUUACAGAAAUAGUUAUUAUUGGAAACAGUUGCUGUUUCAAUGCCAAUCUUCUCUAUUUUUAUUUUUCUCAUCAACAAGUAGAAGAUAAAAAUAACAAGGGGCAUGGAAAUGUUUACAGCAAUAUGAACAUAGAAGAUCAUAAAAGCUAAUUGCUGCUGAAACAGCAGUUGUUUUCAGGAAUAUUGCCUUUAAAGAUGGACAUCUUCCAUAAUGUUAUUGUGAUUGCAGUACUGUUUUGUACUAUUUAUUGGGCAAUGCUCAUAUAUUACCGAUACAAAACCAGGAUAAGUAAAAACACUGGAAAUGAAAGAAAUAAAUACAUAAUACAA